AUCAAGCGUGGAAUUGUUUAACAAGCCAUAUGUAGAAUUUAGUACUGUUAUGUAUCAAUAUAGAUAGUACUUCUACUUCUAGUAAUUCCAAAACUGGUACACUCUGCAAAGUUGUCUGUGGCUUUACUCUGGUUUACCUUGGAGACCAGGUUUCUCAUAAAUCUUCCUUGAAAUCUCCUGAUAGCAGAUGCUACUACUCUACAGGUGGAAGAGACAAGGUUGAAAAAGUAACAUAUUAGUUGAGGGAACAAAGGAGAAAGCCCAGAAGGAAAAGAAAAAAUUGCCACUGCAGGUGUAUAAGCAGCACUGCUUCUGCAACAAAAGCCUAGACCCAACCACAUCUUGGGAAGAGAAUGGCCACAUCCUGGGGUGCAGUCUUUUUCAUGCUGCUGGUGUCCUGUGUUUGCAGCUCUGUCUUCCACAGAGACCAGCACACUUGGUUUGAGGGAGUCUUCCUGUCUUCCAUGUGCCCCAUCAAUGUCAGUGCCAGCACCUUAUAUGGAAUUAUGUUUGAUGCAGGGAGCACUGGAACGCGAAUUCAUGUUUACACCUUUGUGCAGAAAAUACCAGGACAUCUUCCAAUUCUGGAAGGGGAAAUUUUUGAUUCUGUGAAGCCAGGACUUUCUGCUUUCGUAGAUCAACCCAAGCAGGGUGCUGAAACUGUUCAAAGACUCUUAGAGGUGGCCAAAGACUCAAUCCCCCGAAGUCACUGGAAAAGGACCCCACUGGUCCUGAAGGCAACGGCAGGACUGCGCUUACUACCAGAACAGAAAGCCCGGGCUCUGCUCUUUGAGGUAGAGGAGGUCUUCAAGAAGUCACCUUUCCUGGUACCAGAUGACAGUGUUAGCAUCAUGGAUGGAUCCUAUGAAGGCAUACUAGCUUGGGUUACUGUGAAUUUUCUGACAGGUCAGCUGCAUGGCCACAGCCAGGAUACUGUGGGGACCCUGGACCUGGGGGGGGCCUCCACCCAAAUCACUUUCCUGCCCCAGUUUGAGAAAACCCUGGAACAAACCCCAAAGGGCUACCUCACUUCCUUUGAGAUGUUUAACAGCACUUAUAAGCUCUAUACACAUAGUUACUUGGGAUUUGGAUUGAAAGCUGCAAGACUAGCAACCCUAGGAGCCCUGGAGAUGGAAGGGAUUGAUGGACACACUUUCCGAAGUGCCUGUCUACCGAGAUGGUUGGAAGCAGAGUGGAUCUUUGGGGGCAUGAAAUACCAGUAUGGUGGCAACCAAGAAGGGGAGAUGGGCUUUGAGCCCUGCUAUGCUGAAGUGCUGAGGGUGGUACAAGGAAAACUUCACCAGCCAGAGGAGAUCCAGAGAAGCUCCUUCUAUGCUUUCUCUUACUAUUAUGAUCGAGCUGCUGACACAGACAUGAUUGAUUAUGAAAAGGGAGGUGUUUUAAAAGUUGAAGAUUUUGAAAGAAAAGCCAGGGAAGUGUGUGAUAACUUGGAACACUUCACCUCAGGCAGUCCUUUCCUGUGCAUGGAUCUCAGCUACAUCACGGCCUUGUUAAAGGAUGGCUUUGGCUUUGCAGACAGCACCAUUUUACAGCUCACAAAGAAAGUAAACAACAUAGAGACGGGCUGGGCCUUGGGGGCCACCUUUCACCUGUUGCAGUCUCUGGGCAUCUCCCACUGAUACCAAGCACUUCCUCUGAGGCUUGUAGUUGCCAACAACCUUUUUAAAGGGAAAAGGAGCGAGCACUCAGUCAUUUUCUGAGUUAGUCUGGGGUCAGCCUGGACUGAAGCACAGCAGCUGGUUUUCUCAGGAGGAAGGGGCU